AUGAGCAAGGUUAACUUGAAAGUCGUAAAAGAAAUCGUCAGCACUCUUGUUGAAAAAGUAGUCGACAGCGAGAACGGCAAGAUGGAAAAGGAAGAGAGUAAUGUCGUGUGGCAUGAGGAGGGACAACCAUAUCGUGAUCAAGUCAAGGUUGAGGUCUCGAACAAGCAUUUGGUGAGUUAGUUAUAUAGAUUAUUUAUCGUUCUUUUUUAGUUGCUGACUGAUAAUGAUGUCCUCCCAGAGGUAAAGCUUGAAAGCGAGGAAGUCGAUGUCGAUGCUCUCGUAGCUAAAGAAUUAUCACAGCUGUCGAUCUCGCGUCAAAAAAGAGCCAGAAAUUGUAAAUUGAAAAAGAAAAUACGGGAAACGUGGGAUGCUAAGGAACUGAUUCACAAAUUUGAGAUUCCCUCAACAUCCAGAGAAAAUCCUGAUCAAAGCGGACAGUUUAAUGUCCAUAUUCUUCAAUGUUUGCAAGCAAUAACAAGGUAAUAAUCUUUAUUCUUAAAUCUCUUAAAAUUGGUAUAUUUUAAACGUCUCUCUUGUUUUAAUUGAUCUUUUUUAUCGUUUUGCAUUCUUUCAGCAUUUCCGAGCGAAUACCCGAGUCGAAUGAUGAUCUCGACGACUACAGAUUAUCCGUGGCAAUUUACACUAUCAGUCAGCUUACGGAUGUGAAUAAAGAGCUAUCUUGGAGAGUGCAAGCUCUGGGUGAUAUGCUGAAUCGAUCAUUACGAGAGGUCAAGAUGUUUAGGUUGGUUCUUUUUUACAUGUUUAUUCGUUUUAGAGUUGCCCUGGAUAGAACUAGUGGCGAACUAAAAGAUGAGAUAGAUCUCCUGAGGAAGACUACUAUUAACACGUUGAGGAGAAUAAUUGAAAGUGAUUUGGCAAGAAAAGAGAAGAUGCAAUUGCAAUGGAGUGAAGUCAAGAGUUUCAUUCACAAGAAGAAUAAAAGGAUAACUGAAUUAUCUGUGCGUUCUUUGAAUGAGUUAUAUGAAAAUAUGGAGGAUUCCUGAAUAAUCCGUGAUUUCAGGAGCAACUAUCAGGUGUUGACGUUGAUAUUGGUUUCCUGUUGGCUUCACAUAAGGAAAGAAUUGAAGCAGCAUGUGUAGCCGAAAGAAAUUAUUUUCAAGCAGCUGAAAGAGUCGAAGAUCUGGAGCUAGAAUUGAAAGAAAAGAGUAAAUUAGGUAAGUUUUUGUUGGUGUAAAUGUCAUCGAGUGUACGGUGUUAUAAAUGAAACUUUUUCUUUUAGUUGACUCUAAGCUUUGCGCGAAAUGUUCAUCAUCACAAGACGAAUCUGACGAUCAACGACGGGACCGAGAAGAGAGAGAACUAAAGAGACUCGAACAGCGAAAACAGUUCGAAGUCACAGAAAAAAGAAAGUUCGAAGACGCCCAACGAGUUGGAGCUGCUCUUCAGAAGCAUGUCAAAGCAGCGUUUGAAAAUCUAGGGCCCCCGAAGGGACCUGCCCCAUGGCACAAUGAAACCAGGAGGCCAGAACAACCACAAACCAAUCAAUCUUCCAGUCAGCCAAUGUUUAAGGCUGGCCAUGUACCUCAGGAAAUGUUUGACGUCAUGAAAAUGAGACUGGAGGAGGUGAAAAUCAUUGUUUUAAUCAUUGAUUACCUUAUAUUAUUUCUUUCAGAAGGAGCAAGAAGUCGCAACUCAAGAACGAAUGAAUCAGAUAUUGACUAAGGACGUGGAAAAGUAUCAACAAGCUCAAGAAAAGACAAAAAAUCAGUUGGAAGCGUUAAUAAAUAAGAAUGAUGAAUUGCAGAAAAUGGUCGAAAAACUAACAAAGGAGUUGGAGGAGGCAAAGAAACUGGCAAAGCCGACACCAGUUACUCCAAAACGAGAAAAGAAAGGUAGGAUCUGCGGGUUUGGGGUUACCCGUUUUUGCAGAUAUUCCAGAGAUUACUGUAUCAACAACUAAUGGAGUAAAAAACCAGAAGAAAAAGAACAACGACGUAAAGAAGAAAGGCAAUACGCCUCAGAAGGCUUCGGUCUCUCCAGAACCCAUGUAUUUUAGAAAUGCUGACAGGAAGAGGUUGGCUCCACCACCUCUCACUCCUCCAACUUUGCGCCCGCCCCAUCCUCCGCCAUACUACAGAGAGGUAAAGAGUUGAAUCUUUGUAAUAUUCACUUUUUUGCGGGUCUGAUCUAUACAUAUUUCUUAAAGGAUAUGCGACAAGUGUCUCCGAAUUUCGACGAUGGAAUGAAUCCGAAUAUGCACUUCUCGCCUGGAUUCAGAGCCCCGAUGGGAAUGGGACCACCAAGGGAAGCCUGGAAUGGACCCCCGAGAAGAGGAGGCCCCUUCCCCUCACUAAUGCCUCCGGCCCGUCAAGAACCGCCGUGGACAAUGGGCGUCCGAGGUCCCCCUAACCCUUCGUCUUGGUUAACUUCAAGACGCUAA